CUCAGUGUACGGAGGUGAAAGAGGCGUGUGACGCUCCCGCAGCAUCGACCUCAUUUGCCCGAGAUCAACCCCAGUGUGUGUCGGUGGUCCUAACAACAGCAACCGUGCCACGCCGCGCCCCCACCGCCAGCGGUGCCGUCAUGUGGCAAGAGGCCCGCAAACACGAGCGCAAGCUCCGUGGUAUGAUGGUGGACUACAAACGCCGAGGAGAGCGCCGACGAGAAUACUACGAGAAGAUCAAAAAAGAUCCUGCUCAGUUUCUCCAGGUCCAUGGUCGAGCCUACAAGAUCCAUCUGGAUCCUGCUGUGGCAUUGGCUGCUGAGAGCCCCAUCAACAUGAUGCCAUGGCUGGGAGACGCCAACAAUAUGAUUGACAGGUUUGAUGUAAGAGCUCAUCUGGACUACAUCCCCACCUACACACCUCCUCUGCUCAGCACUUCCACCCCAGAGCAGGAGACUGAGGAGAGGAAGUGUAACUAUGAGCGCUACAGAGGCCUCGUGCAGAACGACUUCGCAACCAUCUCUGAGGAGCAAUGUUUAUAUCAGAUCUACUUGGAUGAACUCUACGGUGGUCUGCAGAAACCAAAUGAGGACGAGAAGAAGAAGCUGGCAGAGAAAAAGGCCACCAUCGGAUACACGUAUGAAGACAGCACUGUGGCCGAGCCGGACCCCCAAUCAGACAAAGAUGAAGAGAACUCCGAGAACAGUGAAUCAGAAGAGGAUGAGGGAAUCCCAGAUAUUGAUGUGGAGGUUGAUGUUGAUGAGCUGAACCAGGAGCAGGAGUUGGACCUGAACAAGAUGGCGACACCAUAUGGAAUGGCUGAAGGAGACUUUGUCAGGAUGUUGAGGAAAGACAAGGAGGAAGUGGAGGCCAUCAAACACGCCAAGGCUCUGGAGGCUGAGAAGGCCAUGUACUCUGGCCGCCGCUCUCGCAGACAAAGGAGAGAGUUCAGAGAGAAGAGGCUUAAAGGUCGACAGAUCAGUCCACCGAGCUACGCCAGGAGAGACAGCCCAACAUAUGAUCCCUAUAAACGACCAGAGUCAGAAUCCAGCUCUGCGUCGCGGUCACGUUCCAAGUCUCCUGGCCCAGAGAAGAUCACCUUUAUCACCAGCUUUGGAGGCAGCGACGAGGAAGCUGCAGCAGCAGCAGCAGCAGCUCAAACACCCGCUCCUCACUCUGGCCACCCCCCCUCCACCUUGCAGAACCCCGCAGGUCAUAGCAGGGGCUCCCGGAGACGAAGGUCAUCCUCCAGUCGCUCCCCCUCCUCCUCCUCCCGCUCCUCAUCUCGGUCUUCCUCGCGUUCAUCUUUCCGUUCGCGCCGAGCCCGACGAGGUCGCGGGGCGAGGGACGGGCGUCGCUCCAGAAGCCACUCGCGAUCAAGACGGCGUUCCAGAUCUCACUCCAGAAGUAGAGGGGGAAAUGGAGGAGCCGCAUCCUGGAGGAGACGUGACCGGACAAGAUCAAGGUCUAACGACCGAGAGAGAGAAAGGGAGAGAGACAAGGAGAGAGACAAGGAGAGAGACAAGGAGAGAGACAGGGAUAGGAGACGAUACCCAGCACGCAGGCGAACAAGGUCCCGUUCCAGCUCACGGCAGGGGGGCAGUUCUCGGCGAGGUAGCCGGAACAGUGGAGAACACCGGAGGGUAGACAGUGGCAGCCGCAGCCCCUCCCAGUCCCCUGGCGACAACAGUCCCUCCCCUGAUCACAGAGGGGCCCAGCCCUCGACCACCUUUAUCGCUGACAAGCUAAGAAAGCCUGAUACUGCGAGUGGUAAAGAGACGGGAGCUGCCAAACCCAAGAUGACGCCACAGGAGCGACUGAAGCUAAAAAUGCAGAAGGCGCUCACCAGGCAGUCCAAGGCGGAUAAAAGAGCUGCUCAGGUUAAGGUCCAGCAGCAGGAGAACAAACGUCAGGAGCGAGAAGGAGAAUUAAGAGCCAUGGCACGCAAAAUACGCAUGAAGGAGCGUGAGCGCCGUGAGAAAGAGAGAGAUGAAUGGGAAAGACAGUAUGGGAGACAAAGCCACUCGCCUUCUCCUUCUCCUUCCAAAUAUGGCCGAGAACACAACUCGCACAGAAGGAGGUCACGGUCUCGAUCGAGGAGUCCUCCCUACAGAUACUGAGCUCACACACACACACACACACACACUGUACAAUAAUGAGUUGUGGGAAGAAGAUGGGAACAGAUGAAACGAUAAAUCUCAACCUCUGAUACUGUCAGAGGGUAAAACAUUGAUCUGAUACCUUAGUUCCACUGAUCGCACAGCUGAUUGGAUCAGCCCAGCUGACUUUGAUCUGCCAUUUUCCGUUUUGCUUCAUCUUGUAAAGAAUCAUGUUAUUAAAUGAGUUUCUUCUCCUCGGCAUGCUCCCAUUUUCUCGUUUCUGCCUGAACACUUCUCACUGUGGACGGAUCUGCAGACAUUUGCAUUUCUUUAAAGUGUUUGAUACAAAGCAAUACCUAAACCUUCACCUCACAUCACCUUCCUCAUGUCAGUGUUUCCUCCACGUUUUACUUUUACCAAACAAGUCUCAAGAAAAGAUGUACAGGAUAUUUAAACGCAUCCAUGAGAAACUUGUUAAUGCAUUUAUUAAACCAAUCAAAUGCUUUUUUUAUACUCUGCCCUCUUAUCAACCGGUUAAAUAACAGCAAACUUUUUUUUCUCAGUGAUGUGGAAUGUUAAAUACAGAUCAGAAAAUAAAACCAACUAUGAAACUA